AUGGGUGGCCAAGAACUCGAUGCACCUGUAGAUGAUACUACCACCACAGAAGAGUCAGCGGCCGUUGCAAAAAGCCGGAGAGGCGAAACUGUAGCUCUAUGUAUAGAGAGUCCCGGGGUUUUAAAUGUCAGGCUUGAAUUUGGAGAACAACAAGUCAGGACAACAGAAACGGGGAUCAAUGAAUGA